AUGGAGUCCCGGAGUCUGAGCAUCUCCUGCGUAGCCCUAAUAAUGAUGCUUUUAGGUUUGGUCCAGCAGGAAUGGGUUAAGCUGAAGAAGAUCUCAACAGGGAAUCUAAUGUCCAGCAGUCCUUGGAUAUCUUGUAUCAACUUAAAUUGUACCGAGCUUAGCCCAACAGAUUUAAAGAAGCCAGUCUGGAACCUGAUGGCCACAGCUACUCUUCUUUCCACCAUCCUGUCCUUUGCCUUGGGCUUGGAUUACACUGAUCUGCUUCCUCCCAUCAAAGGCCGCAAGUCCAUCUUUAGCUUUAUCAGCUUCCUUACAGCAGGUACCUGCCUGCUCGCAGCAAUCACACUGUACUACCAAGACCUGAAGAAUGGUAUCAAGGAACAAUACAGUGAUUUCAAAGUGACCUGGGUUUUUCAUUCAACUUAUAUAAUUAUCUUUCUAUAUUAUGCCUGUGGGAUCCUCUGUGUUUGGGACCCACUGCCCAAGUUCUUUCAAUACCUUCUCCAAAAGUUAUCCAAACAAAGUGUAAUAGACAAGAAAGAGACCAUCAAAGAUGAAACAACAGAAAAGAAAAGUUUUCUUAGCAUAGUCCAAUCUCAGAACUUAAGCAAAAUAAGUACGUCUACUAUACCUACCCAAACAUCCCAGGUGACCUGGAACUUAUAG